CAUGGUUUCCAGAGUUUCAACUUUCAAAAUCUGUUGGAUGCUCUCCUCGUGAUUCUGAAACUGUAUAUUCUUUAAACCCAACCCCCUGAAAAGCUUGAAUCUCCUAAUAAACCCUUUUAAUGGCAUCAUCAACAUCACAGAUUUUCGGUGGUACAUCUUUCCCAUCAACAACAACAACAAGACAAUGUACUUCUAGAAAUCUAUUUUUAGGGCAAAGAUUAAAUUCAAGAGUUUCAUUUAGAUCACAAAGAAGAAAUUAUGGUCCACUUAGAGUUGUGGCUGAGAAAGUUGUUGGUAUUGAUUUGGGGACUACUUAUUCAGCAGUAGCAGUAAUGGAAGGUGGGAAACCUACUAUUAUUACUAAUGUUGAAGGACAAAGAACAACACCAUCAGUUGUUGCCUAUUCUAAGAGUGGUGAUAAAUUAGUUGGUCAGAUUGCUAAGAGACAAGCUGUUGUUAAUCCUGAGAAUACUUUCUUCUCUGUCAAGAGAUUUAUUGGUUGGUUAAUGAGUGAGGUUAAAGAAGAAUCUAAACAAGUUUCUUACAAAGUUGUUAGAGAUGAGAAUGGAAAUGUUAAACUUGAUUGUCCUGCUAUUGGUAAACAGUUUGCUCCUGAAGAAAUCUCUGCUCAGGUCUUGAGAAAACUUGUGGAUGAUGCAUCAAAGUUUUUGAAUGACAAAGUCACAAAAGCUGUUGUUACAGUACCUGCCUACUUCAAUGACUCUCAAAGGACAGCAACAAAGGAUGCUGGAAGAAUUGCUGGUUUAGAGGUUCUUCGUAUCAUCAACGAGCCAACUGCUGCUUCAUUGGCCUAUGGGUUUGAGAAGAAAAACAAUGAAACAAUCCUGGUGUUCGAUCUUGGUGGUGGUACCUUUGAUGUUUCAGUUCUCGAAGUUGGUGAUGGAGUAUUUGAGGUGUUGUCUACCUCUGGAGAUACUCAUUUGGGAGGUGAUAACUUCGACAAGAAAAUUGUUGAUUGGCUUGCUGCCAGCUUUAAGAGAGACGAAGGCAUUGAUCUAUUGAAGGAUAAGCAAGCUCUUCAGCGUCUCACUGAGACUGCUGAGAAAGCAAAGAUGGAGUUGUCAUCCUUGACCCAGACUAACAUUAGUUUGCCUUUCAUUACUGCAACAGCUGAUGGUCCCAAGCACAUCGAGACCACUCUUACAAGGGCCAAGUUCGAGGAGCUGUGCUCAGACCUUCUUGAUCGACUGAAAGUUCCAGUUCAGAACUCUUUGAAAGAUGCAAAGCUCAGUUUCAAGGACGUGGAUGAGGUGAUCCUUGUUGGUGGAUCCACACGUAUCCCAGCUGUCCAGGAGCUUGUUAAAUCAUUGACUGGUAAAGACCCAAAUGUUACAGUGAAUCCUGAUGAAGUUGUUGCUCUUGGUGCUGCAGUUCAGGCUGGUGUUUUGUCUGGGGAUGUGAGUGACAUUGUUCUCCUGGAUGUCUCACCAUUGUCUCUUGGACUGGAAACAAUGGGAGGUGUGAUGACCAAGAUCAUCCCGAGAAAUACCACGUUGCCCACUUCAAAAUCAGAGGUGUUCUCUACAGCCUCAGAUGGACAGACAAGUGUUGACAUAAAUGUACUACAGGGUGAAAGAGAGUUUGUGAGAGACAAUAGGUCACUCGGAAGCUUCCGUCUAGAUGGUAUUCCUCCAGCCCCACGCGGUGUCCCUCAGAUUGAAGUCAAGUUUGACAUUGAUGCAAAUGGUAUUUUAUCUGUUGCCGCUACUGACAAGGGUACUGGAAAGAAGCAGGACAUUACGAUUACUGGUGCUAGUACACUACCUGGUGAUGAGGUAGAGAGAAUGGUGAAGGAAGCUGAGAGGUUUGCAGGUGAAGAUAAGGAAAAGAGAGACGCCAUAGACACCAAGAACCAGGCUGAUUCGGUAAUUUACCAGACAGAGAAACAACUCAAGGAGUUGGGAGAAAAGGUUCCUGCUGAAGUGAAGGAUAAGGUAGAGGCAAAACUUGGAGAGCUCAAGGAAGCUGUCAGCGGUGGAUCAACACAAGCCAUCAAGGAUGCCAUGACUGCACUCAACCAAGAGGUGAUGCAGCUUGGUCAAUCUCUCUACAACCAACCUGGUGCUGGGCCUGCACCUGGUGGUGAUGAAACUGCUGGGUCUCCAGGAGCUGGAUCUGCCAAGGGAUCUGAGGGUGAUGUCAUCGAUGCCGACUUUACUGAGUGAUAGCAAAUGAGGAAUUAAAUUGUAUGAACUAUCUUUUUUUAGUGUUCUCUUUUACCCUCUGCACUGUAUAUAGGGAGAUUUCUUGUUUGGUCCAAGACCCAUAUAGUUAGUUUUAGCAAGGUCCAUCCAUAUUUUUUACUUA